AUGGCCUCAAGACAGGAGGACAUACCAGCUCUAGAACCUGGAUCGUCUUCCGGCCUCUUCGGUGCGCUGUCAUUGCCCAUUGGACUGCCUCGCCACAAUAUGUGUCACGACGAACAAAUGGAUAUCCCGAUACAUUCACCGCCUGAAGACUUUGGAGCUAACAUAUUAUGGACAGACCCCAUCAUCCCAAAGCACAGGUUUAGGAAGACUGCAGAGGAAAAUGUGACAAGUGGACAGAUGAUGACGGCCGAAAGAUUGGAGCCAACUAGGUCUCCUGUUCCCGUUUUGAAAUCCAAAGCCAGCUCUUUCAUGAGCUCUCUUGCCAUAAAGCAGACCCAAGAGAAUCUCCAAACUUUUGAGCACCGGGCAGGGCUGACUGAUACUGGUUAUACACCACAUAAGGGCCUCUCUGCUGAGGAGACUCGCUUUCACCGUCUGGCUGAUGGAACACAAUCUAAGCUGAGAAUGACAAUAGGGGACUUCAAGGACGACAGGCUAACAACAUCAGCACAAUCCACCCCAAGUGGCACCCCCUGCGUCACUCCCUCGGUCACCCCCUCUGUUACACCGACUGUCACCCCCUGUGUCAGUCCCCUUGCGUCACCUGCUGUUGUUCGCAGGAGCUGGUUCCAGCGGAAUACUGUGCCCUUUCUCACAGCGGGAGAGUCGAGUAGUGUUAGCCCCACAGCAGACAUGGGUGGAAACCAGGGAGGAGAGGACAGAUGGAGCUUCUUUGGAACUCGCUCUGUGGUACAGAAGUCCCCCACUCACCCAGGCUCUGAACCCAACACAGGCUUUUCCCUUCAGUCGUACUUUGGCCUGCAGAAGUCCUCUACCAUUGCAGGCACUGGUGGUCAGGACAGCCUCAGGGUUGGAGACACUGCCAGCUUCAUGCCCCCAAAGAUUGAAAUUUCAGGCGUAGACCCCAAGCAAGUGCCAACACGGCCACAUAAACUCAAACCCCGAGACAUGAAUGUCUUAACACCUUCGAGCUUUUGA